AUGGCUCUUCGACUCACGCUCUCACUUCUCCCUGCGCUGGUUGCGGCGGAACCCGUGCUCUUUGAGCCCAACCCCUUCGCCAGUGGACAGCAGCUACGUGGGCAGACAGAGGACAGCGAUCCUUUCGGUGACGCUAUCGAAGAGCCUGGCCGAAGUGACAAGUGGCUGAGGGACAUCAGCACCCGGACCAAGAACCACUUCAAAAAGCUGCUUCAGCCACUUCAAAAUCCGAUAGUGCAGGAGUACCAGGUGUUGGGGGUACUGGACGGAUAUGUCAACUACACGAUGCAGCUGGUUUCAAACGCCACGGGCCAUGAAGUCGUCUGGAACCGCACAGGCCGCUUUCUUGCCGAAGAGCCUCGAGCUUUGGCACCCCGGAAGCAGGAGCUUCCUCCGAGAGCAAGGUACAUCAACAAGAUCCUGAUCUACGUGAACAAGGAGAUGGAGGUCGUGUGGAAUCUCAAGACGAUCGUGGACAGAAAGCGCUGGGGUGUCGGAAAUGUCAUCACCUCCUCGCCUUAUGGCCCCCAUGGGGAGCACCCGGAGCGCUGGCGUGCGAACGGCUCCUUCCCGCUUCCCGCGGCGGCGCCGAACAACAGCAUUCUCCUUCAGGACAAGAAGGUGAACUUGGUGUUCCGCAUCAAGCCGGACGUUGAAGAGCACGAGAACAAGUACGCAAGGCAACUCCAGGCUGACUACGAGUCCUUGGUCCACAACAUCAACGAUGCCAGUCAGAAAAUCAGCGAUCUCCGGGGCAGGCUCUGGAAGAUGGAAGACUUUGCAAAGCAGUUCAUUGCCCUACCCUCCGGCGUGUGGAACAAGAUCGAUGCGAACUGA